GCUCAAUGCAGGCCAUGAAUAAGACUCGUAAGAUCAUGGUGCAGGGAGGUACCCACUUCACCAACGCCUUCGCCACCACCCCCAUGUGCUGUCCAUCCCGCUCCUCCAUCCUCACGGGGAAGUAUGUGCACAACCACCACACCUACACCAACAACGAGAACUGCUCAUCGCCCUCCUGGCAGGCUCACCAUGAGCCUCACACCUUCGCUGUGCACCUUAACAACUCGGGCUACAGGACAGCCUUCUUUGGGAAGUACCUAAAUGAGUACAAUGGCUCCUACAUUCCCCCUGGGUGGAGGGAGUGGGUGGCACUGGUGAAGAACUCACGAUUCUACAACUACACGCUCUGCAGAAAUGGCAUCCGCGAGAAGCACGGCAUGGAGUACCCCAAGGAUUACCUGACUGACAUCAUCACCAAUGAGAGUGUGAACUACUUCCGCACGUCCAAGAGGACCUACCCCAACCGGCCCGUCAUGAUGGUGCUGAGCCACGUAGCUCCCCACGGGCCAGAGGACGCCGCCCCCCAGUACAGCAGCGCAUUCCCCAACGCCUCCCAGCACAUCACCCCCAGCUAUAACUAUGCUCCCAACCCGGAUAAGCACUGGAUCCUGCGCUACACCGGGCCCAUGAAGCCGGUCCACAUGCAGUUCACCAACAUGCUGCAGAGGAGGCGGCUGCAGACCCUGCUCUCAGUCGACGACAGCGUGGAGAAGGUGUACAACAUGCUGGUGGAGACAGGAGAGCUGGACAACACCUAUGUGAUCUACAUGUCGGAUCACGGCUACCACAUCGGCCAGUUUGGCCUGGUGAAGGGCAAGUCCAUGCCCUAUGAGUUUGACAUCCGUGUGCCCUUCUACAUCAGAGGACCCAACGUGGAGGCUGGCGCCAUAAGUCCUCAUAUCGUCCUGAAUGUUGACCUGGCACCCACUCUGCUGGACAUGGCUGGAGUGGACGUCCCCUCAGAGAUGGAUGGCAAGUCCAUCCUGAAGCUGUUCGAGACCGACAGACCCGUCAACAGGUUCCAGUCCAAACAGAACAAAAAAGUCUGGAGGGAUUCCUUCCUGGUGGAGAGAGGGAAGCCGCUGCACAAACUGGGGGAUGGUAAAGAGGAUGCGCACGAGGAGAACUUCCUGCCCAAGUUCCAGCGCGUGAGGGACCUGUGCCAGAGAGCUGAGUACCAGACGCCAUGCGAACAACCAGGACAGAAGUGGCAGUGUCUUGAGGACAACAAUGGCAUGAUGAGGCUGUUUAAGUGUAAGGGGAUGGCGGCCCUCUACUCCCCCCGUGCCCAGGGCCUGAUGGCCAGCAGCACCACCAGCAUCUACAGCCCCUCCACCUCCCAGGACAACUGUGACUGCGAGCCCACACCCUCAGUCAAGAAGAAGAAGCUACUCAACAAACGAAAGAUGAAGGCUCGCAAGAGUGUGGUUCGCAACCGCUGGGCCCGCUCGCUUCCCCUCCCGCUGCAGUGGGACUCCAACCAGUACACCCUGGACCUGGAGGAAGGCUACCGGCCCGUGGGCCUGAAAAACGCCAGCCGCCGGCCUCUCAUUGGCCAGAUGGAGGACGCGGAAGGGGAAGGGGAAGGGGGGGAGGAGGGCUUCAGUGGGAUGGGGGACAGCACCAUCGCCCCUUCCUCCGCUGGCGGGAACCUCUCCCCAGCUGCAGCACUCAAAGUCACCUACAGGUGCUCCAUACUGAUGAACGACACGGUGAGCUGUGAUAAAGGCUUAUACAAAUCACUGCAGGCCUGGAAGGACCAUAAACUUCACAUCGAGCAUGAGAUUGAGACCUUGCAGACAAAGAUAAAGAACCUGCGGGAGGUGAAGGGCCACCUGAAGAGAGUGCGACCCAAAGAGUGCAACUGCAACCAGGACACGUACCAGCUUCCAGCCUACAAGGGAAUGUUCCGCCUGAAAUCAGGCCGCUUCCAGUCUCUCAGGGCGGCGGCCUCUAAGGAUAAGAAGCAGUGGCUGAUGAAGGAGCAGAAGCGUCGUAAGAAGCUGCGGAAGCUCCUGAAGCGCCUGCGUAACCAUGACACCUGCAGCAUGCCCGGCCUCACCUGCUUCACCCACGACAACCAGCACUGGGCCACGCCACCCUACUGGACAAUGGGCCCAUUCUGUGCCUGCACCAGUGCCAAUAACAACACCUACUCUUGCCUCCGGACCAUCAAUGAGACUCACAAUUUCAUAUUCUGUGAAUUUGCAACGGGAUUCCUGGAGUACUUUGACUUCAACACAGACCCAUACCAGCUGAUCAAUGCGGUGAGUACGCUGGACAGACAGGCCCUCAACCACAUGCAUCUGCAGCUGACCAAGCUGAGAGGCUGCAGAGGCCACAAGCAGUGCAACCAAGAGACAGGUGUGAAAGAGCGCAGCUAUGUCAAAGACUACAGGCCACUUCACCGUCGAAAGAGGCCAAAAAUGAAGAAGCAGUCGUCCAAAUCCAUGGGUCAAAUUUGGGAAGGAUGGGUGGGUUAACCCCUCACACCAUCAUCCAUCCCCUCCCUUCAUCAGACCACCCCAUCACGGCUCCUCAGCAAUGAGGACACAGGAUGAGUGACCAACACCAGUACUAUAACAGCCACCUCCCCUCUGGCCACCUACACUGGCCUACCACCCACACCGGUACCACCCCUACCUGCCACCUCAACUGUCAUUACUACUGCCGGACCAUAUUGCAUCAUUGCACCAUUUGACCAUGAGGAGCAUCUCAAGGGUGGUGGUGCUGGUGCUGGUGUUGGUGGGAUCAACUGCUGUUGUGAUCGCGUCGCGAUGGUCAGUAGACAGCAUUGUGAACCAGCCGCCAUGAUGUGGACAUAAAAUGGGUGCUCCCUCCCUCCAUCUGCUGAAGUUG